GGUGUUCAUUGUAGAUAAACAAGUGUUCAUUGUAUUUCACGAAUAUAUAAAAAUAUAUAGUUGGAUUUAGAAAUGUUUCGUGCUCUUAAUACUGUAAGAAAUUCUGCAAGGAAUCUAGCUCGUCGCUACGGGACUCCGCCACCACCUUGUGAGAAUGAGCCAUGUAAAAUUCCUUUGAAACCCGUUGAAUGUUUUGAUAUGUCCCUUAACGAUAUGCCGAGCCCCAAAGGAUGUUGGCAUAAAAAAAAUAAGGAACUUCAAACGUAUUAUAAUAAAGUUUUCAUCGUUGGUGUUAUUGUGUUGCUGUCUGGAAUAGCAGGGGUGUACGCUAAUGUAGACUUCUACGCUGGAGUUGCUGAUAAACCGGCUCCACGUUCCUAAAAAAGUAUUUUUUACUCCUAAAACCAUAACAACC